UUUCCUUAAUGUACCCAUCUUAGGAAAAAUGUACUUUCUAACCGAUAGAAUCUAAUAUUAACAAAAUCUAUUUGUUUUUCAAAAAAUGUAAACUUUUUUUAGACUUUCUGUGUAAGUGUUUACCUUGUCUUGUCUCUAUUUGCUUGUUUUAUUUCGGUCUGUCAUAGGAUACAAGUGAGAAGGCAAGUUACGUUUCUUGUGUAAAUAGACUAAAUAAAAAACCUUUAACUUAAAUUUGUAAUAAGUCUAAAAAGAAGUAACUUGAGUUUUAAAUAUAAGCUAACGACAAGCAGUGGCAAAAUUACAUAAUGUCAUUUUUUAUGACAUAAUCUACAUGCAACUACUGUGCAGAACAGUGGCGUUACGUACAACACCAUCGUGUCAUGUUCGUUCAGCAGCCGGUGGAUUUGCGUGCUCGCCCGUUUCGUUCUCGGUGAGACGAGUUACAAGUGUGAGAAUUUGGGAUCGGACGGAUUGUUUUCUGGUCCGGCGAGUUUAGACGAUAUUUUAUUUACAUACACUCCAAAUUAACUGAGGAAAAUUUAGGAGGUGAUCUGAUAAAGACACUAUAUAACGAAUACAUUGCUUUUCAUUGCAUAUUUGCGAGGAAUUGGUUUGCUCGUUCACGGAAGUUUACACAACACGACACAAGAAUCCGAAAGGUUUCGGUUUGAAGAUGAGCAAACUGUACACCUCUAGAACAGCCGACAUCUUUCUUUUAAUCUUCAUCAGUAGAUGUAAUCUAUGUGAUUGCAACUCUGAAAAACAAGCUGAACUUCACAAAAGUGAGAAGAUAAAAGGAAAAGCCUCGUCUUGCCCGGUGCGGAUUGGUUGCUCAGGUCUCCAAUCGCGUAUGAGCUGCGGCUACAGGAAACAAUGGCUUUUUUUUUCUUUUCUGAAAGCAAGCCCCGUGAUGUCAAAGGCUAUUUUUGGAGGGCGACGCCUCUUCUUCUGCUAUUUUGGUCGCCGGCAGCCUCGAGAGUUGGCUAAACUGUGCCUUCUCAUAACAAGCAUACACACCAAGACGACCGGGAGUGAGUGUGUGAGAAAGAAGAGCGGAGUGCGACACCUGAUCGCAAGCCUGCCCCCCACCUUCCCUUACCGCUCCUCGUAGCCCACCGCCCCUCAAGCCAGAUCACUGGGACGCGCGCCGCACCUCAGUCCGCCUUGGAUGAACCCUCAGAGCCUGGAUCCACAGGGGGACGUGCCGCGCAGAUGGAAACACGGAAAGCAACAACACGUUAAAAUCGGUGAAGAACGGAGGCGGCAGCAUUCUAUCUUCAGCGGAUGCAAGCUCUUCUGCAUCCUUGCCCAUCCCGCAGGCCUCCCCCAUGGACCUCCGAGUUGGUCCGCGGUUGGUCAGGCCAGGCUUAGAUGCAGGCAUGCUGACGCCCAUCCCCCAUCCCCUUCUGAUUGGCGCGUUUCCGGCACAACAGAUUGUCCAGCCUACCAUUCACCGGACUAUACGGUUUAACAUGGAGACGGGGCAUGGCGAGCAUGACCAGGACAAGCAACCAGAACUACAGCAAUGGCACAAGGAGAAAAGCAAACCAAGUGCAGUGGCCAGUCCAGCGGUCAAAAUUAAACUCCAGGCAGUGAUCCGCAAGAGGCAGCAGCUGGCAUUGGAGAGGCGCAACUCCAGCCCCAUCAAUAACCAACCUGUGGCAUACAGGACACUGGCACCAGAUCCUGAGGUGCCCCUACCAACACAGCCCUCAUCCCGAGACAGCAGAGAAGACCUUCCGUUGCGCAGGACGGCUUCGGAACCCAACCUCAAGGUGAAGAGCAAGCUGAAGAAGCAUCUGGGAGCACGGAAGAGCCCACUGACCCGGAAAGAGAGUGCCCCACCCACCAUGAGACGCAGACCGCCCGACAAUUUAGAUUCCUCUCCAAGUAGCAGCAGCACACCGGUAUCAGAGUGCAGCUCCCCGAAUGACAGCAUUCACAUGGAAAAUGGCGUCAUUGGCCCAAGCGCUGGAGUUCCUCAUGAGUUGGUGCUUCCAGACGGCUCUCGGGCUCACUUCAGUCCUGCGAACGCAACAGCCCUCCCGACGAUCACUCUGGGUCUGCCAGCCAAUGCCAAGGCAGAGGCAGACCAGUCCAGUCUGGCCGCAGGAAAAGUCGGCCGGCUCUCCGUCCUCGCUGGAGCUCCACCUCAGGUUUACCUCCCCGUCAAUCUGGAGGAGCCCGGCACUCAGCUGUCCCCUAGACUACAGCCAGUGGUCAUCCUGGAGCCCACUGGACUGGUGCAUGCCCCACUGGUCACAGUUCCAGGUCUCGGCCCCGUGCCCCUGCAGUUCGCCACCCCCCUGGGACCCCACAAGCCGCUGAGCCGCACCCGUUCAGAGCCUCUGCCCCAGAGCCCCCGGUCCCUCCAGCAGCACCUCUUCCAGCAGUACCAGCACAGUCAGCUCCUGGAGAGGCUCAAGCAGCAGAGCCCACUGGCCAAGCUGAUGAGCAAGACCAGUGAAAAGCCACGGCUCAAGCAAAUUCCCUCCGAGGAUAUGGACGGCGAGGAAGCAGGAAUAGACGCCAGCUCUGCUUGUCGAAGAAGAGCCGAGUCUCUGCGGGACACGACAUCUGGCCAGGAUCUGUCUGUAGGGGGUAGCGAUGAGAGGGAGCGGCAACAGCAGCACUUCUACCUGCAGAGUCACGAAGAGCUUCUACUUCAACAGCAGUCGUUACUUUGGGAACACCAAAAGCAGCAGUUCCGCAGACACACGGCCCAGAUGGAGAACCUCGCAGUCCCCAUGGUGCUUGGGGCUCAUCGGCCCCUCUCCCGCGCCCAGUCCUCUCCGGCCUCUGCCACCGUGUCACUCCCCGAGAAGACUCUCACUCUUCCUGUGCAGGAGAACCCCACCAAACCGCGCUUCACCACAGGCAUUGUGUACGACUCCCAGAUGUUGAAACACCAGUGCACAUGCGGCGACAACAGCACACACCCCGAACACGCGGGGAGAAUUCAAAGCAUCUGGUCACGGCUGCAAGAGCGAGGACUGAGGAACCAGUGUGAGAGCAUCAAAGGAAGGAAAGCGUCACUUGAGGAGCUGGAGUCGGUCCACUCGGAGCACCACGUGCUGCUGUAUGGCACCAAUCCACUGAAUCGCUUGAAGCUGGAUAACCGCAAGCUGGCCGGAAUCUUGUCCCAGCGGAUGUUUGUCAUGUUGCCCUGUGGUGGCGUGGGGGUGGACAGCGACACCAUUUGGAACGAGAUGCAUACGUCCACAUCUGCCCGAAUGGCUGCUGGCAGCGUCACAGAGUUGGCCUUCAGGGUGGCCAAGGGAGAACUUAAGAAUGGUUUUGCCAUAGUGAGGCCGCCAGGACACCAUGCUGAACCAUCCAAUGCCAUGGGGUUUUGUUUCUUCAACUCAGUCGCCAUUGCAGCAAAGCAACUACAACACAAACUCAACGCGAGCAAGAUUCUCAUAGUGGACUGGGAUGUCCAUCAUGGCAACGGGACUCAAGAAGUCUUCUACAGCGACCCUAACGUGCUGUACAUUUCGCUGCAUCGCUACGACAAUGGAAAUUUUUUCCCUGGCAGUGGCGCCCCGAACGAGGUCGGGACUGGACCAGGCGAAGGUUUUAAUGUUAAUGUAGCCUGGACUGGGGCUCUGGACCCACCCAUGGGAGAUGCAGAGUAUCUUGCCGCAUUCAGGACUGUGGUGAUGCCAAUUGCACAAGAGUUUUCUCCAGAUGUCGUCCUGGUAUCAGCUGGGUUUGAUGCUGCUGAUGGGCACCCACCACCAUUGGGAGGAUACAAAGUGUCAGCAAAGUGUUUUGGCUUUCUAACAAGACAGCUCAUGCGACUGGCUGGUGGUCGCUUGGUCUUAGCUCUGGAAGGAGGACAUGACCUGACUGCUAUCUGCGAUGCUUCUGAAGCCUGUGUGGCAGCACUGCUGGGCAAAGAGGACACACUCCCGGAUGAAGUCUUGCAGCAGCGACCCAAUGUCGAUGGCAUUUCCUCCUUAGAAACCGUCCUCCAAGUGCAAAGUCAGUACUGGAAGUCGGUGGUCCGAUUCAUCUCCACCAUUGGUUACUCCUUCAUUGAGGCCCAGAAGCACGACAAGGAAGAGGCUGACACGGUCACUGCCCUCGCCUCACUCUCUGUUGGAGUCCAGCCGGGGGUCAUCGUGGAAAAAAGAUCUCAUGAUGAACCAAUGGAAGAAGACUGUUAAUACACAGCGGACGCCUACAACACCACCCAACUUGUCACCUCACAUGCCCCAAGCAUCAACACAAUGUGGGGGGGUGGAAAAAAAAAAAGAACCACUCAGGAGUCUUGAAAUCUAUGCAACCGAAGUGUACCGUCCUCUUCCGGCAUGGUGGGGAAACUUUGGAUGGCAGCAGAGUAAACAAAUAGCAACUGUGCCUAGAAGGGCCUUCCUGUCCCUGCCACAUUCAAAUAUGUCACAACUCUACGCAUGCAAGAUUCCUCCACAGGACCAAAGAGAACAUUCCGGAAGCCGUGAGGCAACUUAAUGAAGGAGUACCGUAGUGGCAUGCCAUCCAGGUGUCACGAGUGUGCAACAAGACCUGAACUUUAUUUUUUUACUAUUUUUUUUUUUUUUUUUGAAACUGUGCAUGCAAAAAGAAGGAUGAAAAAAAGAAGGAUGUCCUGACCUUACGGUUGCCUUACUUCUUUCCAUAUCCAGAAGCUGUCCGGGUUUUUGAGAACUUUUGAGAUUUUUCUUUUCUUCUUUUUUCACAAUCUAUUCCAGAUGAGAAGCAAGAUACUUUUUUGGGGGUUUUUUUUGGAAGAUAAAAAAGUAAAUAAAUAACAAAAUAACAUUCCCACCAAAGCAAACGCCUUACAUGAUGCCACCUAGUGGCAGCUGUGAAUAAAUAUGUAAAAAGAUUGUUUAUUGCUUGGGGCAGAGAACAAAGAAUCACACCUAACUUUUUAAACACGUCUUUCCACCUCAUAUUACUGUGGAUGAUUUUGUUUUAAAUAACCACUAAAGCUGUAUGCUUACAUACUCUAUAUGUACAGUAUAUGUGCGGUAUGCAGGCUGUACGUGGGUACAUAUAAAGUAUGUAGG